UCGUGUAGCAAAGCGUAGACAUAGCAACGCAGAUAAUGUUAUUGAGUCAAAUAAAACACAUACAUUAAUGCUGCGUUGGUGGUAAAUAUCAGGCGUGCCGUAUACGCGUUUCGAGGGUAAUAAUUUGCAGAACAUCUAGGCUGUGUGCACCGUUAUGCCUCGACGAAAGAGGGCCGCCUGCAGCAGCUCUGACGGCACAGAGGACUCGGACUUCUCAGCUGAACACACAGACAGCUCGGAGAGCGACACUCAUGCGGUGAAGACCACUCGCCUCACACGCUCCUCACUCCGUCUCAGCCAGAGCUCCCAAGCCUCAACUGAGGUGGUAGUGGACUUCUCAGCGCGCCGCGUGACCCGUAGCCAGCGCCAGGAGGAGCCGGUCGCGCCCAAAAAAUACCCUCUGCGCCAGAAUCAGGCGGAGAGCGAACAGCACGGAGACGUCUCAGAGGGAGACAUUUAUUUUGCUUUUACGGAAGGAGUCUCCUGUUUCAGGGCUAAAGCUCCUUUAAGACAGAUGAGGAUUUUACGCUUUCAUGCGUCAGAGGCGAAGCAAAACGAGUCUCCUCCCCGCACCCCCACCGGACAGACGCGCUCCUCAGAGUCCGACGUCUCCAGCCCUAACGCCUCCCAGGACGAGAGGCUGGCUAAAGAGCUGUCCAUCAAGGAGUCAGGCCACACCCAUCGGCCCAAACGUCGCCGCUUUCACGAGAGCUACAAUUUCAACAUGAAGUGUCCGACACCAGGGUGUAACUCUCUCGGCCAUUUGACCGGGAAGCACGAGAGACACUUCUCCAUCUCCGGCUGUCCCCUUUAUCACAACCUCUCAGCCGACGAGUGCAAGGUGAAGGCGAGCUCUCGUGAUAAGCCUGCGGAGGUGAGGACGCUGUCCCAGAGCCAGGACGAGAACCGACACUCCACACGCCAUCAGAUGCGCUACAAAGAGAAAGUGACGGAGAUGAGGAGGAAAAGAAACAACGCCGCGGUCAAGGAGCAGAAAGACAAAGACUUAGUGGACCCACAGAGCCCAAGCUGUACCCGUGAGCCGCUGUUGGAGAACAUUACAAGUGAUUACGAUCUGGAGCUGUUUAGAAAAGCGCAGGCACGUGCCUCGGAGGAUCUUGAGAAAAUGCGUCUUCAGGAUCAGGUGACGGAGGGAAGCAACAUGAUCAAAACCAUCGUGUUUGGCUGUUACGAGCUCGACACAUGGUACCACUCGCCGUACCCAGAGGAGUACGCUCGCCUCGGCCGCCUCUACAUGUGCGAGUUCUGCCUCAAGUACAUGAAGAGCCAGACCAUCCUCAGGCGACACAUGGUGAAGUGUGUGUGGAAGCAUCCACCCGGAGACGAGAUCUACAGGAAAGGCGCCAUCUCGGUUUUCGAAGUAGACGGCAAGAAAAACAAGAUUUACUGCCAGAACCUGUGUCUCCUCGCCAAGCUCUUCCUGGAUCACAAAACUCUGUAUUAUGACGUGGAGCCGUUUCUCUUCUACGUCAUGACCGAGGCAGACAACACGGGGUGUCACCUCGUCGGCUAUUUCUCCAAGGAGAAGAACUCGUUCCUGAACUACAACGUGUCGUGCAUCCUGACCAUGCCGCAGUACAUGAGGCAGGGCUACGGCAAAAUGCUCAUCGACUUCAGUUAUUUGCUGUCGAAGGUUGAGGAGAAGGUGGGCUCUCCUGAGCGACCUCUCUCUGAUCUGGGUCUCAUCAGCUACAGGAGCUACUGGAAAGAGGUGCUGCUGCGAUACCUAUAUAACUUCCAAGGCAAAGAGGUCUCCAUUAAAGAGAUCAGCCAGGAAACGGCCGUGAAUCCGGUCGACAUCGUCAGCACGCUGCAGUCGCUUCAGAUGCUCAAGUACUGGAAAGGAAAGCACCUGGUCUUAAAAAGACAGGACCUGAUCGACGAAUGGAGGUCCAAAGAUUUGAAGCGCGGCAGUGGCAAGGCGAUCGACCCCGCAGCGCUGAAAUGGAGCCCGCCUAAAGGGACCUAACGGGCGUCGGCACCCCGCCAGCACUCCUAGUCUGCACUCGCACUGUAGUCACUGUUAGAGUCCACAUAAGGAACUAGUGCACGCCUAGUUUUAAACGUGUUGCGUUAAAAAAAAUUAAAAGCAGCCGAUGAGUGUUUUCCAGAUCCUGCUAAGUCGCACUCAGCUGUGCGGUUUUUCGGGAACAGGGUUGAGAAACGCUGAUCACUGGAUUCUCACACUCUGUAUUUAACGAUACAUGCGUAUCAAACUAAUGUUAGCGCCAUCGCUGAUGUCAGCAUGCUUCCCAAGCUAGCGGUGUUUCCCUAAAUCCUGCUAAAAUGUAAACAGUUUACUGUAAACACCAUUCUUCCAACGUAAUAUUUUAUAUACUAUAUGACUUUAACCAUGCAGUUGUAAAGAGCCCGGUGUAAGCUCCCAUUAUCGUUAGCUAUGUUAAAACCUUGUGCAAAGCUUCAAACUAGCAAAUUACGUUUGGCAUAAAUCGGGAACCAAGUAUAAAUGACGUUUUUUUUGCAAUCGUAUUAAAAGUAAAGGCCUUGUGCUGAACAUAACCAGACCUCUCCCAGUAAAUUGUCAUUAACGAAACCAGAAUGUUACACAAGUACUAAAACUCCUAUCUUUAUAUUACAUCUUUACUGAAAUCCUAUUUCAGUACAUUUACAUAUGGACUCAAAUCCUGUUUAGUUUUUUGCAUUAGCCUUGAACUUGUGUAAUAUCUUAUGUCAGUACUGAAACGCCUUUAAAUACAUUGUCAUUUCUAAACCGCUUUCAGUAUUUUAUGUCAGUAAUGAAAUUCCUUUCAGUGUGUUACAUAAGUACUGAAAUCCGUUUUAUUAUGUUAUGUCAGUAUUGAAACCAAUUUCAGUAUUGUCAGUUUUCAAUCCCCUUUCUUUAUGUCAGUACUGAAACCCAGUUCAGUCUGUUAUGUCAGGACUGAAACCCCCUUCGGUAUGUUGGGUCAGGACUGAAACCCCUUUUAGUAAACUUUCAGUUGUAAAACUCAUUUUAGUAUAUUACGUCAGCGCUGAAACCUGUUUAGUACAUCACUUCAGUGCAGAAACCCUCUUUAUUCAAGUACAGUGGAACCUUGGAUUAUGAGCAUGACUCGUUCCGGAAGUGGGCUCGUAUUCCAAAACACUUGUAAACCAAAUAGAAUUUUCCCAUAAGAAAUAAUGGAAACUCAAAUUAUUCGUUUCACAGCCC